AUGCUUGAUCCGAUCCUGACAGAGCCAUGGCAUUAUGUGACUGAAUGGUUCCAAAAUGAAGAUGGCACAACGUUUGAAACUGCCCAUGGGCAGGCAUUUUGGGCAUAUGCAGGCCAUGAACCGAGGCUUAACCAUUUUUUUAACGACGCCAUGGCUAGUGAUGCCCAGUUGGUGUCAAGUGUGGUGAUUAGAGAAUGUAAGGGAGUGUUCGAGGGGGUGAAUUCAUUGGUAGACGUUGGGGGCGGCACUGGGGCAGUCGGAAAGGCCAUUGCCGACGCAUUUCCAGACUUGAAGUCCACGAACUUGAGCUAUGUUGCGGGAGAUAUGUUUGAGGCUAUUCCUACUGCGGAUGCUGUUUUACUCAAGACCCUUUUCGUGAUUUUAAAUUUUCUGAUUAAUACUAUAAUGAUUGUGAAUGACAAACAUUGGAUAUUGCAUGAUUGGAGCGAUGAAGAGAGUCUUUGUAUACUAAAAAAAUGUAAAGAUGCGAUCUCCAUUGAGAAUAAAGAAGGAAAGAUAAUUAUCAUAGACAUUGUUUUGGAGAACAAGAAAGGAGAUGACAACUACAUUGAAACACAACUCUUCUUUGAUAUGUUGAUGAUGGUUCUGGUCACGGGCAGAGAGAGAAAUGAGAAAGAGUGGGCAAAGCUCUUCUAUGAUGCUGGUUUCAGUGACUAUAAAAUAACUCCCGUACUAGGAUUGAGGUCUCUUAUUGAAGUUUAUCCUUGA